AUGAGCCUCAGAACUAGGCCCCCCCGAGCCACGUUAUUCUGUCUGUUUAUUGCCUUGGCUGGUAAGUCUGCAAGCAGGAGAGGGCGCAAAGCCUCCACUAGCGUAUGGCUCGCUUCACUACGUUCAAGUGGAGCAAGGCUAUUCGCACCAGAGGGUAGUGAUUUAUUGCACUUGAGCCUCCUCCGAAGGUCCCGGCUGAUACAGAACUGGGGACCGGGAGGCUCGAGUCGGCCAACUGUACCUCAUUCUCUCUGUCAAGAUAGGCCAUGCCGUGCUGGAGGGAUCAGGCCUGAGAUCUUCAGGCCUCGUGGGUCAAGUUGGGCGCGUCUCUCUUUGCCCUCGUCAAUUAGGAUUUGGCGUGCCCAUGCUCCCACGUGGGAGACUGGACAGCAUAUUUACGCGAACAGGUCGGGCCCGUGUGCCCGUCAAUUUGGUAUGCGCUGGGGCACAUUAAGAAAGAAUGCAGUUCUCAAAGGGAGGAAGAGAUCGUGA